AUGAUGAAUUCAAUCCUUGGUGAUUUCCUCGACAAGUUUGCCCUGGUUUACCUUGACGACAUCCUUAUCUUCAGCCGUACCAAAGAAGACCAUCUCGAAGCAUGUUCAGAUGGUGUUUGGAUCGUCAAGGUGAACAACACUCUUCAAGAAGUCCGCUUUGCAAUGUUCUCUCGGCGUGCUGACAUUGUACAAGAAAUCCACAAGGUUUUGGACACCCUGGAAUGA